CGUCAGUGUUGAACCGCAUUCCUGCACUCACUCAGGUUGACUAGUAAACAGUUAGUUUGCCUGUACGCGGAUGAAGCUGACACAGAAGAAGUGAAUUAAAACUUUCAGGCUGGAUUUUAACUUUUCAUUCAGAGGCCUGCUUUAAACAUAGUUUUGGAUUGGUGUUCAACUUUGCAGUCCUGGCCUGUAGUGAAUACUGGAGCUCUGACAGCUGCUGCAUGUCCAGCCCUGAGACUGAUAAGACUGUCCUCCUGUCUCUCCUAGGCUUCAUCGACUUAUUAAAGAGGUGGUUGCUAAGAGAUGACAAUCAGCGACAUGUGUGAGAGCCUCUGAUGUCGAGCAGCGUGGAGCUCCUCUCCUCUCCUCCAGGAUCUUUUUUUCCUCCACACCUCUCGGUUAACCUUGCUCAUGUGAAGGACACAGAAAAACGCUCUUAAAUCAACAGACUCCAAAUUACCAUGGCAGCCUUUGCCUCUCCAUGUGCCAUCACAGACACCAAGACCGCGGCGGUGGCCUCGACUGCAUGGGAAAGGCAUGGGAACCAGAAAGAGGAGGAGGAUGUGGGACAAAGUACAGUCCUGGAGAAAACCCACGAGUUCUUCCAGAUGUGUGACAUCGAGAAUAAAGGCUUCAUCACCCGACGGGACAUGCAGAGGCUGAACGGCGGGCUCCCUCUCAGUGCCGAGGAGCUGGAGAACGUGUUUGACACUCUUGAUUCUGACGCCAAUGGAUACCUCACCCUGGACGAGUUCUCCUCCGGCUUCAGUGAGUUUUUGUUCAGCCAGAAGACGUCUGUAGAGAGAGACAUGGGGGAGAAAAAUAGGGGUAAAAGUCCUGCAGAGGUCCUGUACCAGAGCCAGUGGGAGGAGAGUCCAGUGAAAGGGGAUGAGGAUGAAGAGGAGAAGCACUUCAGCAUGCUCAUGGAGAGCCUGGGUGCUAAUAGUGUCUUUGAAGAUCCUGCAGAGGUGCGCACUUUAUGGGCCCAGCUACGGCGGGAUGAACCCCACCUUUUAUCCAAUUUUGAAGACUUCCUGGCUAGAGUGACAUCACAGAUCAUUGAAGCCAAUCAGGAGAAGAGAGAGAUGGAGAAUGCCUUAAAAAGGAAAGCAGCAACACAUGAUGAUGAGAUCCAGCGGCUCUAUGAGGAAAUGGAGCAACAAAUCAAAAAUGAAAAGGACAGGAUUGUGCUGCAGGAUUAUGAGAGGUACCUGUCCCGCAGUCAGGAACUGGAGAUGCAGCUGUCCAGUAAGGAGAAGGAGCUGGAGCAGCUCUUUCAGAAACAGAGGAGGCUGGAGCUUCAGUGUAAGGACCUCCACAGUGAACAACAUGAGACAAAGGUGGAGAACGUGAAGCUGAAGCAGACCAACGACGAGUUAGCCAGAGAGCUGGAGCACACCAGCCAGGAGCUGGUCUUAGCUCAGGACCAGCUGAGUCUGCUACAGGAGCAGUCCACGCGGCUCCACGAGGAGAAGGAGAUGGAAAUCUACAGACUGACAGAGGGACUUCAUCGAGAAAGAGAAAGCCUCCUCAAACAGCUGGACCUUUUAAGGGAAAUGAACAAACAUUUACGGGAUGAAAAAGACAUUUACUAUGAGAAACCAAAGAAUUCAAAGCAAACGGCAAGUUUGAAGCUGAGGCCUUCAAUCAGUGCUCUGAAACAUUCAAACACUAACAUCUUCAAGAGUGAGGAUGAGGAGGAACUGAGACACAAUCUGACCAACGGCUCGUGUGCAGCCAGAGGACACCUCCGGAGGAUCAUCUCCAUCGAGGAGGACCACCUCCCACAUUUACUCCAGAUGGAAUGUCAGGCUCAAAGCCCGCUCCAGGAGUGCAGUGAAGAGGAAGAAGCCUCUGGAGACGAGAAUAUAGACUUGGUGAUGAGUGACAUUUACCCGAAUGCUUCCUCCGCCCAGCAGCAAAAGUCGACAGGAGAGAAGAGUGAACCCCCGACAUCUCCGAGAGGUCAGCCUGUCGGCAAAGAGACCAGCAUAAAUGAGGAGGGAGGUCUGUCACCACCUGACCGCCUCUUUAAGAUCGUCCUGGUGGGUAACUCCAGCGUGGGGAAGACGUCCCUCCUCCGACGGUUUUGUGACGACAGUUUCCACCCCGGCACCUCGGCCACCGUGGGUAUAGAUUAUAGUGUCAAGACAAUCACUGUGGACAGCAGCCAGGUGGCGCUGCAGAUGUGGGAUACAGCCGGGCAGGAGAGGUAUCGGAGCAUCACCAAACAGUUCUUCCGUAAGGCAGACGGCGUGGUAGUGAUGUAUGACAUCACAGUGGAGCAGAGCUUCACCGCUGUCAGACAGUGGCUGACGAGUGUAAAGGAGAGUGCAGGCGAAGACAUUCCCAUCAUGCUCUUGGCAAACAAAACGGACAAAGAGACCGAGAGGCAGGUUCAGAGAGCAAUGGGAGAAAGACUUGCCAAGGACAGCCAGAUGAGUUUCUUUGAGUGCAGCGCCUGCUCUGGACAUAAUGUGGUGGAGUCUAUGGUUCUUUUAGCCAGGAUCCUAAAAGAACAAGAGGACAGAGAGAAAGAGAAGACGGUGCAGCUGGUCAGCAGUCCUUCAGAGAAGAAGAAAUCCUGCUGCUAACAGUUAAACAGCUCACACACAAACACAGAGUAGCACUACCCCUAGCAGAGACGUGUGAUGUGAGCCACAGAGACAGAACUCUGACUGUCAGCAGAACAGAUUCUCACUCAGUCUUCCACCUUGUAGCACUGUGGGCAAACAGACACCAACAACACGUGUGCACGCUGUUAUGUGGCACGAAGGUUUCACUACAGUAAACUGUUAAACACGCCAGUUAUUUACUGUUUGUAAAAAUGCAUAUAUAUGUUGAUGAUUGAGUACGUACAGCUGAUCAAAUCAAAGUCAAACUUAGAUUCCUUUUUCUUUUUUAAAUGUCUCACUGUAGCUUUGAGUUUCUUAUUUAUCCCUUUCUUUGUCACAUGGGCUCUUCAGGCCGACUACACAAUGUGUACGGCUACAGUGUGAACCUAUUAUAAGAACAUGGGAAAUCACAAUUACAUGGAGAGUUUCAACUGAUUUUCAACAUCAGAAUCCUCUGAAUAAGCACAGACUUUCAAAGUUCAGUUCCUGAUCAUCUGGGGGUCAGCAGGAGAUGCUAAGGGCUGGUUGGAUCUUCUCAUGACAUUAUAUAUACCAAUAACAUUUUAAUAUGUCACAUUAGAUUUUGCUCUAAAAUAAAGUGACACCAAAAGACUUAUUUAACUUGACAAAUGAGAAGAAAAGCUUAAAAUGUGAAUUUGACCACUCUUGAUUAUUUAGACACAUGCUGAGGGCUGCCAGGGUUACUGCAUUACUCACAGUUAAAUAAGGCCUAUAAUUUGUGCAUUUAUAAUUUUUAAUUGUGAUCAGCAUGUUUUGUUGUCCCUUUCAACACACUUUGGUUCAGCCAAGUCAGCGUCUCCCUGCAGCCACAGUGAUGUAAAAGAAGUCCACCACUGCACCUUUAUGUCUUAUUCACUUUAAAACCUCGCAGACAGCCCAGUGGACAAGUCAAAGUCAUCUGGACCUUGUGUUAUCAACAUUUAUUUCCUUUUCAGUCCAUUACCAGUUCCUUUUCCUGUGGUGAAUUUUUGCCUAUCCAGUUCCUUUUUGUCCUUCAAAAUAAAAGAAGGAAGUCAACUACCCUUAGUUUAAGACAGUACAAAAAUCCAAAAUAAAAAAAACCAUGCAGCUUUAAAUGCAAAAUAGUGAAACCUCAAAUAUUGGGAGAUAAAUCAUAUUUUAACUACAAAUAUUCUGACAUCAAUAGCAAUGAAAAAUCUUGAUAAUUUGACUCGAUGAUAGACUUUUUGCAGUAAGACACUCAAAGAACUAUGUGGGUACAACAUCAUUAUUGAUUAUUAGUAAAAUUGAAGAAACACUUUAAGGAGUUAGGUUUAAUUUUUGAUAAAUGGCACUGAAGAGUAAAGGAAAUUAAAACAAUUUUACCAUAUGGCGUCCCCACUAGAGCAGUUGCUCUCUGCUGGUGGGUUGUGAGCCAGAAAUGGGUUUCAAAGCAAUUGACAUGAAGUCAUGAAUUUGUGUGUGUAUUCAAAAACAAGUGUCAAAAAGUCCUUAACACAAGGAAGUCCUAAAUGAGCAUAGAUCCAUAUGUUUUUUUUUUACUUUGUUUUGGUAUGAGAAGUAAAUUGUGGGUUGUUUUCUUGAUAACAACCCAGAUAAGAUCUCCAGAUCUCCAGAUAAAUACAACACCAUUUACACUGUAAGACUGAACAUUUAAAGGUUGGUGAAAAAAGGGUUGUAUUAACUUAAAAAUGCAAAUAAGAGAUUUCAGCUCUGCUUUUGAGUUAAUAGAACAUAUUAGUUUAAGGUACAGUGAUUGAUCACUUUCAGGGUUUUGUCAUUGUGCUCAAAUCAUUUGAUUGUGGACAAACAGUUCCUGCUUCAGUGUGCACCUUACAGCCACUUUUACUCAUAACCACUAAAGUUAGGCUAACCUGCAGGUUGUUAAACAUAUUAAAAAUUAAAUUGCAUUCAAGAACUAAGUGAAAGUUGCAGUGGAUGAAAAACAUUUACCAUGUUGUAAAGAGCUGGAUUUAAACAGCCCAAUUAAACUUUAAAAAAGGUAAAUUAACUGUACUUUAAAUGUACAAGUAAAAGUGAAUUAAUAUAACUCAAAGGUCACAUAUUAUACAAAAUACACUUUUU